AAACAAACAUUUCCCACCCAUACAAACAAACCAAUUCAAAACAGCUGACCGUCUGUCAAACAACAUAACGCAAAAGAAAAAAAAAACAAUUUCUAUUACAAAAAAAAACACCAAUUAGACACACACCCCCAAAGGAAAAACCCACACGCAGUAAUACAAAGAGAGACAGAAAAAAAACAACCCAAAACAGCUGAGCGGAUGAACAAUCGAAAAUGAAUCUUUCCAGUAUAUUCUCAGCUCAGACAAGUUUUAUUACUCCUUUCCAAUUGCACUCUACCGUUUUUCAUAUGAUUUUUCUUGUUGUUUUCGUUAUUCCACUUUGUCAAAUCAUCCUCCUCGGUUGUUUGUUCAUUCGUUCGUUCGUUCGUUAGCUGAUUUUCUGGUUCUGCUUCUGGUUCGUCGUCGUAUGCUUCUCUUCGACUUCAACAGCUGAUAUUAUUCAUCGCACAUACGUACGUCGUUUCGUUGCCGUUGUCGUCGAUCUCGAUACAAACAAAACUCAGACGACGACGAUAAAUGAAUAUACACUACAGCUACACGCCAGCCAGCAGCAGCAGCAGCGACAGCAGCAGCGUUCAGCCAAGAGGCAAGUAAGGAAAAAGAAGAAAGAAAUACAAAACAACAAAGUAAAAACUCAAUACUCAACUCAACUCAGCUCAACCAAACCAGCCAAACAGCCACCACAAAAAUUACCAUCGCACAACAUUCACUGUGAACGAAGCACCCGAUUCAGUCGUAAACUAGAAGACAAACCGUGCGGACGUUUUAAGUUUUUGUUAUAACGCGUUGCAUUGCAUUGAUUGCAAAACAGAUAGAAUUUUUUCCGAUUCAAAGAACUUCAUAUAAGAAGAAAACAUAUUUUAUUAAACUUCAAUACACUUUAAUAAUUUAUUUUUCAUCUCUAAAACGGAUUAAUAUAUAAAAUAACGGGUUGCAAUAAUCCAACAAAAAAAAAAAUAAAAAAAUCUCCAAUGAAUUUUGAAUGCAUUAAAAAUGUUGCAGACAAUGUUUACACACAUUUUUAAUUUUUCUCUCGGAGAGUGCAAACCCUGUUCGUCGUCCAAGUGUCAUUUGUGUAAUUUUGCUUAAUUUGAUUGCAAUUGCAACUCGGCUUACAAUUAUAAAACAAAAGUGAAUUUUAUAUCAUUCAAAUUGGAUUAAACAAAAAUAAUUAUAAUUUUUAACAUAUCCCCCGAAAGUAAGCAUCAAAAAAAAUUAUUUAAAAUAAAUUUGUGAAUAUACAAAAUUUACAACAAUAACCCAUAAAAAAAGGUAGAAAAAUUACGUUAACAGUUUUGUGCUUCGCGUCAAGUGGAUUUUUAUUUCUCUCGCCUCCGUCAAAAUCAAAACACGUGCGGUGCUGUCUUGGAAUUAUACAUAUAUUAUUUUUCCAAUUUUGUUGAAUUUCAAAACUUGUACAAAAAUUCUUAUAAACAAUCACAAAAAUUCGUGAAAAUUUUGCAAAGAAAUAAAAAUACAACAAAAUAAACAAAACUACUAUACUAAAACACCCACCACAUCUUCUUUACGUCGGUCCACCGGAUUAUAAAAAUAAAACAAACAAAAAUUAUUAAAAAUAUACAUAAAAAUCAAACAAGUGUUUGAAAGUGAAAUAUAAAAAAAUAAAAAAAAAUACCAAUAUCUUAAAAAAAAAAGAAAUUGCUGUUGCAUGUGUAAAACAGUAAAAUUUUAAAAGUUAAGUGAAACAGUAAAAAAAUAAAAAAAAUAUUUUCACUGCCAAUAUAUUUCUAAAUAUCUACGAAAAUAACCACGCUUAUUAUUUUUUCUCUCAAUUCAAUUUUUGGAAAUUAAUGUUUAUUUAAUGUUCCUAUAUUUACAUAUAUCGUUUGAUUAUACAUUAUAACAAAAAAAAAAUAAAAGUGCAUUAUUAAAUAAAAGUUCGCAAACAAAAAUAAAAAGAAGAAAAAAGAAAGAAAGAAGGAGAAAUUUGUUUUCAACACAUUUUGUUGAUCAAAAUGGUGCCACAGCAUACACAAGAAUUAAAUGUAACACCGCUAUCACCGUCAAGCGCCGGUCAUAUUAUUGAAAUCACAACCUCCAAUUCAAAUAUUAUCACCACCUCAAACACCUCCUCGUCCUUGUCCUCUUCUUCUUCUUCAUCCACCGUUAACGCCGCCGCCGUCGCCGCUACCACCACCUCCGCCAACAGACUCGGACUAAACAACACUUUUAAUAACAACAAUAAUACCGUUAAUAAUAACCUAAUCAACAUGAAUAAUUCAACAGGAAAUUUAUUUGGCCAAAGCUCCAUCGAAAUGGAUACCACUGGAAAUAAAUAUAUUGUGAAUAGCAUCCUUUUUGGAUCGCAACGUGUGGAUAUUCAUUCCACAACACCUUACUCAGAUGCAACUCAGGUAACUAUGAGUACACUAUCAUAUUUGGGAAAAAUGGGUGAUUUGAGGACGAAGGUUGUUACAAAAAAACACAGCCCCAAUCACAUCAAACGUCCAAUGAACUCGUUCAUGGUUUACAGCCAGAUUAUGCGUCGGGAGAUUUGCGAAAAGACCCCAGAGCUGCAUAAUGCAGAGAUCUCCAAGAAACUCGGUCGUGAAUGGAAGAAACUAUCCACCGAAGAGAGGAAACCAUAUAUUGAUGAAGCGGAACUAUUGCGUCAGUUACACAUCAAAGAAUAUCCCGAUUAUAAAUACCGUCCACAAAAGAAACAAGGCAAAUCCUCGAAAACAGCAACACCGGCAAACGGGGAAACAAACUCGUCCAUUAACUCAACAAGCAACUCAUCGUCGUCCAAUGGUCAGCAACAAUUCAACAAUAAUAAUCAACAACAAACCUCACCGUCUGUGUCAUCCUCAAUGUCGUCGGCAUCGCCAUCGCCAUCGACACCGAGCAAGACCGGAUCAGCGAACACAUCAGCAUCGUCCACUGCCAGCGGUCGCAAGACCAAACACACUGCCACCAAGCGGACACGAACCACAACUACUAGCAGUAGUGGCAGCACUACCAGCAAAAGGCAGAAAAACGACUCCAACAACAAUACAAACCAUCAUCAUCACCAUCACAGCAGCAGCAACAAUCAUCAGCAAUAUGUUCUCAAUCACAGCGAAAGCAGCACCGAAAUGGACAUCACUGCUCUGACAAUCAAACACGAGAUCGAUCAGAGACCCCUUGAGUCACUGACCCCAAAUUCGCCCGAAGGUGCCAAACUAACGCCGAAUCUGUUUCUCGAUGACUUCUUCCCCGGGUACUAUGACAACGAUCCGCAAAACGACACAAUACUGAUGAUCAACGAUCUUAUACCACAGAAUACGGUCUUUGUUGGGCCAGAUCCGGUGGUGCAGGGAUGCAAUGACAACGACGACAAGGGUACCAUCUUCAAUGACGCUAACCUUCAUCCUGCCAGUAUUCAAACCAAAUUGCCCACAUUCAGUUUGUACAAUAAUUUGCAUCAACAAUCUGCCCAGCAACUAAACAAUCAACAUCAACAACAAUCCAACAAUCAUCACCUGCAACAGAACACCAAUCACCAGCUCCAAUCGCAACAACAACAGCAACAACAACAACAGCAACAACAGCUCCACCAGACGACGACCCCAAGCAACCACAAUCAUCACCAACAAUCCCUUCAACAAUCACAGCAACAACAACAGCAAAACCAUCAGCAGCAAUCCAACAACAACAACGAUACAACGAUAAUCAUCCAAGAUGGCGGCACACCAACUGUCACCAUGAACGUCAAUGUUGCCAAAUUCGACGACUACUAUACGACAAAUCCAAGUGCCAGUGUGACAGAUGACAGCGAUUGCAGCAUAGUUACCAGUGACGCGUUCUCACCCGGUGCUGUCUACUGCAGCCCGAGCAGUGCUGGCGAUCGCAGCUCAAACGGCAGCAGCGCCAACGAAACCAACAACCUCCUAGGAAACGAGUAUCUCAACAUUUACGGCAUGCCCAUCAUAGACGGUACGUUGUUCAAUUGUCUAGACGACUUUCCGACACAACUGAAUUCUCACCUCGAAUUCAAUUGUGACCAAAAGUAUAGCAUUUGAAAAUUGAUUUUAUGUUUAAGUUAAAAAAAAACAUAAAUAAUUAUAAUAUAAACUUUAAAUUUUAAUUUUAAAUUAUAAUUUUUAUAAAAAUUUAAAAAAACAAGAAAAUAUAUCAGGAAUAAUACAAAAAAAAUAAAUAUUUUGUUUUGGUGCAGUGCACGAAUUAAUAAUAUUAAAUUUUAUAUAAAAAAAAAACAAAAAUAUUAAUGUUACCACACCUCCAACACACACACAAAACACACACACACAAACACAUUUACAUUAUUCAUAAAUUUAAAUAAAACAAUGUUAUAUAAUAUAGGUACAUAUAUAAAUAUAUAAAAAAAAUAAAAUACCUAGUUUGUUAAGAUUUCUAUUCGAAAAGGAAAUUGAAUGAGGGACCUUUUAUUAUUAUUUUUUGAAAUUUUGGAUCAAACACAAAACGAAGGUAGAUGUUUUUUUUUAAGAAAAGAGAAAUACAUAGAAAAAAAGGGGUUUCCGCUGAUCUGAUAGGUUUUGAGGGAAAGGUCCAAAUAAACAAAAGAAAACAAUUUAAAAAAAUAUUGUGUAAAUAGAGAAAACAUUCAAACGGUUAGCCCGAUUUGUUUUCAACUGUUUUUUUUUUAGUUCUUUUUAUACAUACAACAAAAAAAACAAAUUCUUUUUAUAUUUAAACAAACAAAUAAAUAAAAAUACACAUUUAUCUAUACAUAAAAAGAAAAUAUUAAAAUAAAAUAACUGUUGAAACAAUUUAUAGUCUUAGCGUUUAAGUAGAUGGUAAUUUUUUGUUUUAGUUUUUCUCACAUCAUUAAAUCCAUUAAAUUUUAUGCCUUUUUAGUUAUUUUUUGUUUUUCAAAAAUUCUUGAAAGUUACAGUAACAGAAAAUUAACAAAAUUUGUUUUCAAAAGAAAUUAUUUAGUUUUCGAAAGUAAUGCUGUUGACAGUUGAACACUUUUACAAACGUUAAACAAAAAUAUCCGAUGAAAGUUUUCACAUGAAAUAAAAAUUUAUUUAAGAAAUAUGUGUUUUUUUCUUUAAAAAACAAAAACAGAAUAAUUUAUUUUAAGAAUUUUUCUUUUUUAAAUAAUAUAAAAUCUUUGUGUAUACGCAUCUUGUUUUUUUUUUAAUUCUUUUGUGGUUAAAGAACAAGAAGAUAUAAGAUUUGACCCAAAUUCUCUUUUGGGCCAAUUUGAACUGUGAUCGAAAGCAAUAUUAUUAAUUUGGACUUUCAUUUCCAAAUAAAAAAAAAUUAUUAAAAUUAAAAAUGAAAUUAAUAAUAAGCUUUUAAUUUGUGUUUGUUUGAAAAAAGACAUGUCUUGAUCGUAUUCAAAAUAAUUAAUUUCUUUUUUAAUUUGUAUUUUAAUGUAGCUUCGAGUUUAUUUAAUUUUCUUCUUCAAAAAGCUUUAAUAUUUUUCAAAACUGUUACAACAUUUUAUAUUUUAUUUAUUUCUUUUUUUGAUCAGAUUCUUAAUUUGUUUUAAACUUUCAUUUCUUCCGUCAAUAUUAAUUUUUUCUUUGAACAAUCGAAUAUAUAAACUUUUAUAAAAGGUUUCAAAAUUUUGAUCGAUCCGUAAAUUAUUUUAAAAAUGUCUUUUUCAACAUGAGUUUUUUAUUAUCUUCUAUUUUUAUAUGUUUAUUUUAUUUUCAGGAUAUUACGUUUUAUAUGAUUAAAAAAAAUUAAAGGAAAUACAAACACAUGAAACAAAAGAAAACAAAUAUUUUGCCAAACAGCAUUACUUAUUUAAGUGAUACAAUUUUUUUUACGAAAAGUAAUAUUUUUAGAAAAAAAUGAAAAAAAACUCAAUUGAAAGCAAAAAUUGGUACGAACUGUGCGGAAUAUAAAAAAGGAAAAAGAAGUUAAAAGAUUGUCGUUACUCAAAUGGUAUUUUCAUGUUAAACUCACCAAAAUAUAUAAACAAACAAAUAUUUUAUUCACCCUAAUUAUUAAUUUUCUUAGAUAAUUAAACAUAAAUAUAUAACACUUAGACAAAAGAACCAUUUCGCCUCCUGACAGUGAAUUUUUUUUAAUUAAAAAUCACAAAAUCAGUCUAAGACACACACCAACAAUAGAAUCAAGUGCAUAUUACAACAAAAAAUAUAAAACAACCUCCUUAGUCGUGUUAACGAUUUUUCUCUAACUGCUGCGGUCCUGAGUUCAGAGUUGAUUUCAAAUUUUUGUUUGAACUUAAAAUUCCAACUUGUUCUCGGGUACCUGAUCUCUCCGGGUAAAAUUCGAAAAUCGAUACAGAGGUUGAACCAACUAUCCAGAAAAUGCUGCCAGGUGUCUGAGAUGUCUAAAAGUAAAACAAAACAAAUAGGUUUAUAAAAUAGGAAGAAAAAAAGUCAUUGUGUCUUUAUUAUAAUUAAGAAUUUCCAGCCUUAAAAUAUAAAUUUAAACAAAAUAUCCUUCAGCCCGCAUAUCUUCCCAUUCUUAAAGUUUUCGGUUUUAAUUUAGAAUAUAAAAAUCCCUACAAAAAUUUAAACAUCAAAAUUCACACCACUUAAACACACAACAACAAAAAACAUUGUAUAGUUUGUGAAAUAUUUUAUUUUAUAUUUAAUUUAAAAUCCACAACAAUACCAUAAAAAUACACAUAAUAUAUCAAAGCUUAUAUCACCUGUUUAUCAAUUAGUUUUAUUAUUUAAAUCUAUAUUUUGUUGUCAUAUAAUAUCAAUAUGCCUGUGUUCGAUUUAAAUUUUAAGAUUAUUUUUUAAACAUAAAACAACAGUUGAAUUUCAUACAGAACAUUAAAUAAAAA